CCUCAUCAACAAUCAUUCAAGAUACACUCGAAUAAUUGAUCUAUGAUCAAUCCGCCUCAGCAAAAUGACAUCGUCAUCGGAAAUUGAAGACGGUGCCUCUAGGCCUCUCCUUGCCGAUCAAAGAGAUGAGCGGGAUGCUGAUGCUGGCUCAGCAGAUGGUGAUGCCCCGCCACCAGCUCCAGCUCGGGAUAGAGGCACAUUCACAAAGAACCUCGGCGCUCUCGAGGCUUUCGCUAUCAUUAUCAGUAUUGUUAUCGGUAGCGGCAUAUUUACCUCUCCCGGAUCUAUAGACACCAAUGUACCGUCUCCGGGUGCUGCCUUGAUUGUUUGGCUAAUUGGCGGUGUCCUUGCGUGGACUGGUGCCUCGACCAUGGCGGAGCUAGGAACGGCGAUUCCCGGCGAAGGCGGGGUGCAGCCGUAUCUUCAAUACAUAUUCGGAGAUGUCUUCGGCUUCCUAGCCGCUUGGACAUGGAUUGUGGCUGUCAUGCCUGCUACCCUCGCCAUUCUCAGUAUCGUGUUCGUCGAGAGCAUUUACUCCGCGAUGGGUGUAACCGACCAAGCUGGAAAAAUCGAACAUAAGCUAUUUUCUAUUCUCAUUCUAGUCGUCAUUAGUGUCGCCAAUUCUAUCAGUACUAAAGCCAGUACUCGUCUCAAUAACUUCUUUGUGGUUACCAAGUUCGUUAGUAUCGCGGGAAUCGUGAUAGCUGGAAUAGUAGUUGCCAUACUUCAGGCCAUCGACCCGGAAAGGGAUAUUGGAGGCCGAGACUGGUUCAAGAAGCCUUGGUUUCGCAAUCGGGAAGUUCUUAACCCCGACGGGAGCAAGACGGAUUGGAAUGAGCUCGGCGAAUGGGAGAUUAUUGGUCAUUAUUCUGCCGCGUUGUAUGGUGCAUUGUGGGCUUACUCUGGAUGGGAUAAGGCAAUUUAUGUCUCGGCUGAACUUCGAUCACCGGCGCGUCAACUUCCACUCGCCAUCAAUAGCGCCAUCCCGACGAUAAUACUGUGUUUUAUCACCGCGAACGCUGCCUACUACAUAUUACUUCCAUGGGACGUAGUCUCGACAACAGACAGUGUCGCUGUGACUGCUAUCACCCGUCUUCUAGGGCAAGGGUUUGGUAUUGCCGCCGCCGCUCUUAUCUGCCUAGUCGUCGCCGGCUCCCUUCUUGGUAAUUCGUUUGUUGCCGGUCGCAUGGCGGUCGCGGCAGCAAACAUGAACUGGUUUCCUCGUAUUUUUGCCUCUGUUGGCCAUAUCGGAUCGAAACCCAGAACGGAAGAUGAGCAGGGCUCUCCCAGUACGGCCCGAUCGGAUGCUCCCAUCAAUGCCAUCUUACUCUCAACCAUCCUUUCGGCCUUGUACAUCCUUCUUGGGAAUUUCCGUGCUCUCUUGACUUUCAAUGGGCUGGGCGAGUAUUCCUUCUUCUUUCUAACUGUUCUAGGCGCUAUUGUUCUUAGAUUUCGCGAACCAGAACUGCCACGACCAUAUAGACCACAUAUUCUGGUCCCGAUUGUAUUCGCCCUUGUCAGCGGGUUCGUGGUGAUUAGAGGUGCCAUUUUCGCGCCUGCGUUAGCACUGGUAGUUAUAGCUGUGUGGAUAAUUGGCCUUGUAUUCUACUUGGUUAGGAAACGAAUGGCUUUAAGGCAAGAAGAGUAGUUGAUGGGCAAUUCUAUGAUUUUACAAGGGCGCUUAUUUCUUCCUAGCCUAUUCGCGAGAGAUCGAUAGUUCGCGAUCCUCCCCCGUUGGAUUCAGCUGUAUUACAUAUCGUUCAUGAUCUCCUUCAUCCAUACUAUCGCCUACAAGGUCAUCUGUGUCGGCGUACUUCAAGACGAACUUGCGUCUUAAUGCCCGAACGCCCUUAUAGAUGGAGGGCGCCCCGAGCCCUUCCUUGUACCAUUUCCUAGCUACCUCCCCGCAAACUUUCCCGUCUUCAACCAUGCGGAUUUUCGUGUGGCCGACCAAACGGUUGGCUCUUUCGUUGAUAGGGCGCCGAAUUUCAUCUAUAAAUUCAAGGAGGAAUUUGUGAGCGAUGACAGCCUGCUCACCCUUGUUGAAGGGGAAGAACGGUGCAAUUGCGUCAAUACGGUUGGUGAUUGCAGGCUACAAAAUAGUCAAUAUGGUGUAAUGUGAGGCCUUUUCUAGUGUAAAAAAAUAAAA